GCAGUAGCGGCAGCACAGAAAGCAGCAGCAGCAGGCACUGCUGCCUGUGCCUCUUGGGCGGCUCCUUCUGCGGCCAGCUACCUCUCCCGUUGCGCUACUCGUCUGCGUAUCGGGGUAGCUGACAAAGUAGAGUCACAGCCUGCCAAGAAUCUGGAAGCGGAUGUUGCAGUAAUCCUUGGAAAUAGCAGUGCAGACCUGGACUCGACAGUUGCUGCCAUAGGCUACGCAUUUGCUCUGGAAACUUGCAGACUCCUGCAGCGUGGGCUGAGCUUUGACAGCAGCCAUCAGCAGCAACACGAGGCGGAUCUUCCAGCAUUUCUGCCCCUGGUGGAUUGCAGUGCUGCCGAUUUUCGCAGCAGAUUGCAGGUCGGCGUCGCUGGCAGGAAAUGGCGGCAGCAUGUGGUGAGCUGCGUGGAUCAUCACGUCGACAAGAAGGCCCUUCCAGCGGCAUGCAAGAAGCGCAUCACCGGCCCUUGCGUUGGGUCUUGUUCCUCCCUUGUGGCUCUCCUUCUCGAGGCAUUGCAAAUCCAUUAUUCGGAAAUAUUACCUCCUUUGCCCCAGGAUCUUGCAGCCCUUCUCAUUGGUGCCAUUAUAACAGACACCGUGGCGUGCAGACCUGACCUCUCGGACCUUCGAUGGAACAUUGCAGAGGCAGCUCAGGGCCGCCAAGUGUACAUACUGCUCUCGCUGAGCCCCCGAGAAGGCGGCUCAAACCAGUUCGACAGACAGCUGGCCCUCUUUGCAGUUGCAGAGGAGUCCAAGCGUUUAGAACCAACAGCUGCUGAGGGGCAGCUUCUUAUGGCUAGUAGGAUGUGCGGUAGUUUUUAUGGGUGUGCAGGUGCGCGGGCAUUCCUUGCCUCCUGUGACAAUCUCCGACCUGAAGGCGAUGUCAAAGCGUCACCUAAGAGGUCGCUCGGAGAAGCAUCAACCCUCUCGGAGGCUGUCGUCGAUCCAGAAGGCCAUGUGUUAGGAUUUUGCUUUUUCAAGGUAGUAGGGAGGAGGAGACGUUGGGGAAGGGUCGGUUCCUAG